AUGUCGGCAAUGAAAAAACUGUCACUUCGUCAAACAUUCUUUAUCAAUGCUUUAUUUGAAGGACAAGAUGUGCCAUUUUGGGAUUUCACAGGCUCUCAGUUGACAGGUGCUAGCUUUGCUCGUGCCAACUGCACACAGACAGUAUUUGAAAAAAGCACACUUGUUAAUGUCGACUUCUCCGAAAGUAUUCUCAUGUCGGUCAAAUUUGCCUAUGUUGGCUUAUAUGGAGCCACAUUUUAUCAAACGAAACCUGUCAAGUUCAUCUUUGACCAUGUCAAACUGGAAAAGGUCAAUUCCACAGGCGUGAUCUUUCAUGGUGGUUUUCAAAAGCCAGCAAAUACUCGAUUUUGUGAAUCGAAUAUAGCCUACAGUACCUUUGCAAAUGUCGUUUUAUUUAACAUUCGUUUUGAACUGUGCAAUGUCACAGGAGCCGAUUUUACAAAUAGUUAUUUACUUAAAUCAGAAUUCUAA